AUGGAGACCGGAAGACGCGCACAGGGUUGUUGGACGUGCAAACAACGGAAAAUUGGAUGCGAUCGCGGCGCUCCAGCCUGCAACAAUUGCCUUCGGACAGGACGGGAAUGUCUGGGGUACGGCAUCAGGCUGGCAUGGCCCGACCAACCCGACGGUCGUCGCCGAAAAAGUCAACUGCCAGAUCAUAGCACUCAAUUACCUCCGAGUAACUCCAGUUACUAUGGAAAGCAGUUUCUAAAUGUCACCUACGAAGACUUGGCGCGGAUCAGGAGUAGCGACACAUUGCAUAGUCUCAUUCUGCUUCAUCUUCCUCCUCGCCCUCGACAUGUGUUUCCAAUGAUCCCAAACCUACUAGAAAGCGAGCCCCAAUUGCUACAAUACUACCGCGACAGACUUUCGCGAAUGAUUUCCACCAUUGACAUCAACAAUGGCUUUCGCGAAGAUCUCUUACCCAUGGCGAUGUCACCGUACGGUUCGGCCUCGGAAGGUCUCCGGAAUGCCAUAUUCUCCGUGGCUGCUUUCCAUCUAUGGGGCUCAGAAGGCGCAUUGCCUUUCAAGGCGAAAGCGCUCCGGUCCCUGUCAUCCUCCCUAGCAGCUGACUCUGUAGGUAUAAGCGAGACGCAGCUUGCGACGUCCAUGAUGCUGUGCGUAUACAACGUCUUUGACGAAACGGAAGGCCACUGGCUUCUUCACUUGAACGGCGCCAAAAACAUAUUACACAGACUCAUGUCCUUCCGAGAUGGCUAUCCCAGAUCCGCUUUUCUUUACACCUGGUUCCUCUACCACGAAGUUCUUGGCGAAUUUAUCGCUCCAGGUCAAUACUAUCCAGGUGGACCUGCCUCGCUGCAGGUCAGAGGCUACCUGGACAUCGAUCCAACCAUGAUCGUUGGCUCCCUGGGCUGCUCCAUCGAGGUCAUGGAAAUCAUGAGCUACAUCAACGGAAUCCGUGCACGAGAAAUGCAUACAGAAAACGACGAGUUCUCAGCAGAGGAGAAAUCUCGUCUCAACGAUGAGGUAUACUGUAUUGAAAGUCGUUUGGCGAAUCUGGAGCAGAAGAUGGACCCCAGCUAUGCCUCCCAGCUGGGCCCACACAAACGCGCAAUGAUCCUCAGUACCGCUGAACUAUACAGAAUUGCGACUUUCUUGUACCUGCAAAGGGCCCACAAUACCGUACAGGUACACGAGCUCAGGCCAAUGUAUCUGCAACAGGCCUUUGAGGUGCUGAGAUCUCUUGAGGUUUGCACCAGUCCUUGGCCGCUGUUCGUGCUUGCUUGCGAAGCUGAUACCGACGAACAACGAAUUGAUGUCCUCCAGGCCCUGGACAGAAUGGACAGUGAACGCCACAUUGGCAACAUAAGGGUUCUUCGCGACAUCAUUGAAGUCUUUUGGAAACAGCAGGAUAUGCACGCCGACACUGGGCGACCACUCAAUCCAAAAUGGUGGGAUGUGAUAGAUCUCAACAUGGCGACUCCGUGGUUUAUCUGA